AGCAGCACAUCUCUGCUUCUCCCAAACCUCUGGCUUUAGCUUGAACAUAAGUUAAAAGUCUUUGCUGCCUUGGCAGUGUUCUAUGGUGCCAGGUGUUGUUUCUGAAAGCAUCUUAUUGUCAUCACAGGCUUUCUGUUGCAUGAAAGAGAACGAAGGGCAGAUCUGAAUCAUGUAAUAGGCAGACUCAAAAAGAUGAUUCAAUUAGAGAUAUUUCUUUUUUGCAGCAAGGACUUGUAUGGGUUUUAAAUUGAUAUGUUACAGAAUCAUGUUUUUAAAUGACGUUUCCUUGUCUGGAGGGGACUUCAUGGAGAAACACAAAAAGAACUGGAAUAAAAAGAAGGUACUUUCCAGGGAUGAAGUGGACCAAGAGUGGCACUGCAUGAAAUAGGGUAAAAACAUGAUAAGGGCAUGAUUGCACUAGAUUGUGGUGAGAUAAAGCUAAACACUUCCAAUAAGAUAUAUUAAGUAGGACCUUUAUUUAACAAAAUUGAUUCUUUCAGUAAGUUCUUCUACGAUCACAAGGGAAAACUGGAAUAUGUAUACCAUUCUGUAAACAGUCUGGAUUCUGGGCUAUUGUAAAAUAAAGCCAGUUUAGGUAUGUGCUGGUAUGCUUUUAAUCCCUUCUGUGUCUCUAAUCCAGAAACACAUACACACAAAAAGCUCUUUGGCUUAUUCUAGUUGUUUUGGAGAGCAGAGAUUAACUUAAUGGCCUUUACCUACAAAGCCAUACAUGCAGCAGAAAAAGAAAGAUGAAGAACAUGAUAUUUAGGCAAGAUUGGGGGAACUUCAGUGUAGCUGUCUAACUUCAGAAGAGAGAAGGAUUCUGAAUUGAUUCCUUCAUUCUUGAUACUGCACACCAGGUUUUCUAACAAGUGCUUGCAUGUAGAGAAGAUGAUGGGGUAUUAGCUUAAAAUUCACUCAUUGACAUAGCAUUAUGGGAUUUGCUUUCUCAAAUUGGGGAAGUUGUAAGUUUUUGACACUGCUAACAGAGUGGUGUGCUGACAACUGGUGACGUAAAUCAAGAAACUAUUUGCAUCUUACACUUGACAGCUUGAAAGGUUAGCAAGAGGGUAAUUUUUCCAGCUUUAAUUCACAGCUGAGAUUUUUGUCAAGUUUAACAUUACUCCUCGGUUCUUGAACUACUGCACAACUUACUGCUAGUCUUGAACCCUACCUACACACAGGAAUAAAGAUGAAGUCAGUGUAAUGAAUGUCCCACCAGCUUCCACUUCAUCUCUGGGAUUGUACACAGUAAAUGCAGUAUAUGGAGAUACUAUCACUAUGCCUUGUCGUCUAGAAGUACCAGAUGGUCUUCUGUUCGGAAAAUGGAAAUAUGAAAUGCCAAAUGGAUCUCCAGUAUUUAUUGCCUUCAGAUCAUCAACAAAAAAAAAUGUACAGUAUGAUGAUGUACCAGAAUACAAAGACAGGUUGAUUCUCUCAGAAAACUAUACAUUAUCUAUCAAGAAUGCAAGAAUCAGUGACGAAAAGAGAUUUGUAUGUAUGCUAGUUACAGAAGAUGAUGUUUCCGAAGAGCCAACAAUAGUCAAAGUCUUCAAACAACCCUCUCAACCAGAAAUCUUACAUCAAGCAGACUUCCUGGAAACAGAGAAGCUACAAAUGCUUGGGGAAUGUGUUGCAAGAGAUAGUUAUCCCGAAGGCAAUGUUACGUGGUACAAAAACGGCAGAGUUUUGCAGCCGGUGGAAGAAGCUGUGGUCAUAAAUUUGCAAAAGAUUGUAGACAGAUCAACUGGACUCUUCACCAUGACAUCAUCUCUUCAGUACAUGCCAACAAAGAAAGAUGCGAAUGCCAAGUUUUCUUGCACAGUGACAUAUUAUGGGCCAUCUGGCCAGAAAACAAUACAUUCUGAACCGAUUGUCUUCGAUGUUCAUUAUCCAACAGAGAAGGUGACUAUUAAAGUGCUGUCACAAAGUAGUACCAUUAAAGAAGGCGAUAACAUCACUCUGAAGUGCUCAGGAAAUGGCAACCCUCCUCCACAGGAGUUCCUGUUUUACAUUCCAGGAGAAGCAGAAGGUAUAAGAAGCUCAGAUACUUAUGUUAUGACAGAUGUGAGACGAAAUGCAACAGGAGAAUACAAGUGCUCUCUGUUGGACAAAACCAUGAUGGACUCCACCACCAUCACUGUGCACUAUUUGGAUUUGCAGCUUACUCCAAGUGGAGAAGUCACAAAACAGAUUGGAGAGGAACUGCGUGUGUCAUGCACGAUUUCUUCUAGUAGAAAUGCAACUGUGUUUUGGAUAAAGGACAAUAUGAGAAUGCAAACAAGUCCAUCAUUUUCAAGUCUUCAGUAUCAAGAUGCUGGAAACUACAUCUGUGAAACUACUCUCCAGGAGGUUGAAGGGUUAAAGAAAAGAAAGACACUUAAACUUAUUGUUGAAGGAAAACCUCAAAUCAAAAUGACAAAGAAAACCAACACAAAUAAAAUGUCUAAAACAAUUGUCUGCCAUGUGGAAGGUUUUCCCAAACCAGCAGUGCAAUGGACAGUUACUGGUAGUGGAAGCAUCAUAAAUAAAACAGAGGAGACCAAAUAUGUUAAUGGCAAAUUUUCCAGUAAAAUUGUAAUUGCUCCUGAGGAAAAUGUGACUUUAACUUGCAUUGCAGAAAAUGAGCUAGAAAGGACUGUGACCUCCCUGAACGUCUCUGCUAUAAGUAUUCCUGAAUAUGAUGAGCCAGAGGAUAGAAGUGAUGACAGUAGUGAAAAGGUUAAUGACCAGGCAAAGCUAAUAGUGGGGAUUGUAGUCGGUCUUCUGCUGGCUGCUCUGGUUGCAGGUGUUGUCUACUGGCUCUAUGUGAAGAAGUCAAAGCCAACAGUUAGUAGUGAUUCUUUGAAUCCACCCUUGAACAGUAACUCACCUAAUCUCUAUCCACAAAGUGAUGCCAAAGGAAAGUCUGAGAAGGCAGCAGCACAGAACUUUCCAAGUCUGCCGAGGACAGCAUCAAAACACGUAGACAAAGAUCUGGGAAAUAUAGAAGAAAACAAAAAACUAGAAGAAAACAAUCAUAAAUCUGAAACUUAAGAGAAAAUGUGUCAGUCAUCAUUCCAGAGAAGACAUAUAGACCAAUGGAAGCAUGAACGUGGAUUGUAUUUAAACAUAUACAAAGAAGUGACAGCUAUUCAUGGUUCAAGUAUUAAACAGAUCAUACUACCAGGUUUUCAAAGGAUUUUAGACACAAUUAUCUCAAGCUUAAAAAAACCCGCAAACUAAUUUUGGCAACAGCCAUGAUAAUAGGUCACCAUGUUGUGUUCUGUUUGAAAUAUUUUUUGUAAAUGUCUGCACUGAAGAUCGCUUUUUGUUUGCCUUUAUGUAAAUUUUUUACGUAGCUAUUUUUAUACACUGUAAGGCUUUGUUCUGGGAGUUGCUAUUAAUCUGAUGUAUAGUGUAAUGGUUUUAUUUCAAUUGUUUUUAUGACAACCUUUGAGCAGGUACAUGUCUAAUUCUGAUUGUUAUCAGUGAAGCCUCUGCUUUGUAGCGAGUACCUUGAGUGUGAGAUUGUCUUAAAGGAAAAUGUCAAACUCCUUUUUCAUUCUUUGGAAUCACAGUAAGGAGGAAGGGUGACAGCUGUGACAAGAAUAAACCAAACUGUUAAUAAAAGUGAACAUUUGAAAAACCCUGCAAAGCUAAACAGCCAGAAAGGGAAUAAAGAAUUUCCACAAAGAAGUCUGGUUAUUGAGCAAGGAACACGAUAAAAAAUUCCUAGCUUACAUAUGGUGGCUAAUUAUCCUUUUCUUCUAGAGCAAGACACACAUUUUAUUGAUAUGUUAUCAGUCAUCUUUCAUGUUAGAAUUAGGAUAAGGAACUGGAAUUCUGGAUUAAUUUUGAUUCCUUUAUGUCAUCCGCUGCCUUAAAGUACUGUACCUUUUCUUCAUUUCAAAAAGAUACCAGUCAGAAUUGGAAACUUUUUUUAAGAAGUGGUCAUAUCAAAGCUGCAUUUUUUUUUCCACAAAAAUAGAAUAUAUAUAUAUAUAUUUUGUGUGGUUUUGUUAACUAUGCUACAGAUAUUGAAUGCACCUUGAGAUAAUUUUAGUGUUUUUAACUGGUACCUAAUUUAUCAAACAGUACAUAUAAUUGUAACAAUGAAAUGUCUAUGUAACUUUAGUUACAUUCAAGUUUGUAACUUUAUAAACAUGUUUUAUGCUUGAGGGAAUUUUUAGAAUGGUACUGAUAAGAAGAAAAACCAAGAUAAAUGGCCAACAGCAAGUUGUACUUAGGAAAGAGAAGUUUAUCUUAGGGACAAGGUCAGUUUCUGGAAGAAAGUGACAGGUGGAUUUGAUGGAGAGGAACAGGAGAGUAAGCAGAACAUCAGGUUUCCAUUUACAGAUAUCCAGGGAAAAAGUAAGUUUUUAUAGACUUGUAGGCAAAAAAAGAAUAAAUAAAUAAAAUAAAAGAUGGAUGUUAGGAAAUGUAUUUUGCCACUUUGGAAUUAUUUAGGGGGAAGAAAACACUGUUACUUGUAAAUUUGUAAAGUGUUAAAUGUCUGGGCAGUAGUGACUGAUGUCUUAAUAAAAGCUUCCUGUAGUGCAUUGGCAUGGAUUAAAUAGAUAAGAUGUCCUAUAAACUCUAUGCUGUAUAAAAUAUUAGAGGGAAAUCCUGUUAUAUGCCUCUAAACUUUGAUUUGUUACUGUUUUAUUUGGCGAAAAAAAUUAUAAUCUUGGUCAAUAUUUAAACCAAAGUAAAAUGGGGGAAAAAAACCAAAGUAAUUUGUUUUGCAUGGCUAAGCCAUUCUGUUAUCUCUGUAAAUAUUGUGAUUUUUUUCUUUUUAGAAUUUUGUUAAAAAAAUUCUAAAAUUUUUAAACACCUGUUUUUCCAAAAUAAAACGUGAACACACAAAAAAGUUACUUUAUAUACAAAUAUAUCUUUUUCUUUUGGUGCGAGAACACUGCCACGUGAUAGUCGUGUUUUGUUUAAAUCGCAGUGGGCAGGACUCCAAACAGGAAAAGUUGUCCUGUCUUUGUUUAUGACACUACAAAUGGUUCUUAAACAUAGAGAAGAAACCUCCAAAGAUCGUGAGAGAAAGCAUAGGGAAGGGCUGAAAAUUUUCCUACCACUGUCUGGGGAAUACAGGGGAGAGGAGAAGAGAAAAAGUCCUUCAGCCUCCACAGCUAUGAAAAAGGAAAACCAACUCCUCCUCGCCUUUUGGGAUUCUGCUAGAUCUCCUAUGCACUUUAAAUCAUCAAUCCUAGGAGCCGGGUUUUUCCCUGCUCCGAGUUCACUGUAGGCACGAUUCAAGAGCCAAGAGUGCAAAAGAAAUUAAUGUUUCUAUCCAUGCCUAAACAACAAUAAAACUGAAGUGUGUCUUCA